UUUUGAUUUUGACCCCCCCUUUGUUCAGGGACACAUUAUUCAAUUUCUGUUAGUCAGAUGUCUGUGGAACUUGUUCAGUUUAUGUCUCAGUUGUUGAAUCUUGUUAUGUUCAUACACAUAUUUACACAUGUUAAGUUUGGUGAAAAUAAACGCAGUUGACAGUGAGAGGAUGUUUAUUUUUUUGCUGAGUUUAGUAACCAAAAAAGUGUUAAACAAAUCAAAAUAUAUUUGAGAUUCUUCAAAGUAGCCACCCUUUGCCUUGAUGACAGCUUUGCACACUCUUCUCUCAACCAGCUUCAUGAGGUAGUCACCUGGAAUGCAUUUCAAUUAACAGGUGUGCCUUGUUAAAAGUUAAUUUAUGGAAUUUCGUUCCUUCUUAAUGCAUUUGAGCCUAUCAGUUGUGUUGUGACAAGGUAGGGGGGGUAUACAGAAGAUAGCCCUAUUUGGUAAAAGUCCAUAUUAUGGCAAGAACAGCUCAAAUAAGCAAAGAGAAACGACAGUCCAUCAUUACUUUAAGACAUGAAGGUCAGGCAAUCUGGAAAAUUUCAAGAACUUUGAGCGUUUCUUCAAGUGCAGUCGCAAAAACCAUCAAGCGCUAUGAUGAAACUGGCUCUCAUGAGGACCGCCACAGGAAAGGAAGACCCAGAGUUACCUCUGCUGCAGAGGAUAAGUUCAUUAGAGUUAACUGCACCUCCGAUUGCGGCCCAAAUGAAUGCUUCACAGAGUUCAAGUAACAGACACAUCUCAACAUCAACUGAUCAGAGGAGACUGUGUGAAUCAGGCCUUCAUGGUCGAAUUGCUGCAAACAAACACUACUAAAGGACACCAAUAAUAAGAAGAGCCUUGUUUGGGCCAAGAAACACGAGCAAUGGACAUUAGACCGAUGGGAAUCUGUCCUUUGGUCUGAUGAGUCCAAAUUUGAGAUUUUUGGUUCCAACCGAUGUGUCUUGGUGAGACGCAGAGUAGGUGAACGGAUGAUCUCUGCAUGUGUGGUUCCCACCGUGAAGCAUGUAGGAGGAGGUGUGAUGGUGUGGGGGUGCUUUGCUGGUGACACUGUCGUUGAUUUAUUUAGAAUUCAAGGCACACUUAACCAGCAUGGCUACCACAGCAUUCUGCAGCGAUAUGCCAUCCCAUCUGGUUUGGGCUUAGUGGGACUAUCAUUUGUUUUUCAACAGGACAAUGACCCAACACACCUCCAGGCUGUGUAAGGGCUAUUUGACCAAGAAGGAGAGUGAUGGAGUGCUGCAUCAGAUGACCUGGCCUCCACAUUCACCCGACCUCAACCCAAUUGAAAUGGUUUGGGAUGAGUUGGACUGCAGAGUGAAGGAAAAGCAGCCAACAAGUGCUCAGCAUAUGUGGGAACUCCUUCAAGACUGUUGGAAAAGCAUUUCAGGUGAAGCUGGUUGAGAGAAUGCCAAGAGUGUGCAAAGUUGUCAUCAAGGCAAAGGGUGGCUACUUUGAAGAAUCUAAAAUAGAACAUAUAUUUUGAUUAGUUUAUCACUUUUUUGGUUACUACAUGAAUUCAUAUGUGUUAUGUCAUAGUUUUGAUGUCUUCACUAUUAUUCAAAAAUGUAGAAAAUAGUAAAAAUAAAGAAAAACCCUUGAAUGAGUAGGUUUGUCCAAACUUUUGACUGGUACUGUAUUUCAUUCUAUAUCUCUGCUCACUACAACUGCCAUUAUUUUAAAAUAACAUUAUUGGCUUGAAAGUAGUAACUCAGUAUUGCCACACUGUACAUAACGCUGCCUUUGACAACAGCAUACUGUUUUUUCAUGAUGGGGAGAACUUCAUUCACUACAACUGUCACAUUCAACUUAGAAUUAUUGUGUGUGUGUGUGUGUGUGUGUGUGUGUGUGUGUGUGUGUGUGUGUGUGUGUGUGUGUGUGUCAGGGUACUCUGAGUUCCAGAGGGAAGCGGAUUCUGAUGGUGGACGCGGACGGAGCCACUAAGUUUGCAGACGUGGAGAAGGUGGAGGCCGGCCUUCAUGACGUAAACACCAAACCAGUGGGUGUUUAUGAUUCUAGCUUUUGUUGUCUGAAAUGUAAACGUGUGGUCAUUUUCCUGACUAGGCUAAUAUGACCGUAUGUUUCCGUUUUGACUGGAGCUGCCCUCUUGACCAGAGCCCUAUACUACCAAUCAGGUUUGAGGAGUUCGCCAGGUAGCUUUGGUCAACUCUUGAGUUCAACUCAGGAUAACCGGUACCGUGAAAGUGGCUCACCUUUUUAGGCAGGUACAUUUCUAUGGCAACGAAUCCUUCAGAACUAACCUGCUCCGGGGGGCAGGCUAACUCGAGGCUAAAUCCAUUUAUCCCGAAUUAAGUGUCUGAGCCACAAGUUGAGGACCAAUGAAAUCAGAUUCCCUCCCUCUCACAAAGAAUCUGUCAUCAUCCCCUUCAAGACCACUGAUUUCAAUAUUUUAUUAAUCAAAUGUUUUUUUUGUGUGUGUAAAGAAAUGGUGAUGUUAAAAUACCUAUCACAUUACACAUUUAGUAAGGACAGCAUUUGCUUUCCAAACUACGUUUUUAGCGCAAUUGUAUUUAGAAAUUUGCGACAGGUAAACUGACAGCCGGAACCAACCAUAGACAUAUAAUCCUUAGAUGGCAGUUCCCAUUCAAGUCAGGACUGUCAGCCAUUGCAAGCGUACCCAUGAGUUUAACAGUCAAAUUGCCAGGGAUAGAGGUUCCAAAACCCUUCUAUGGAUUAUAUGUCUAUGUUCCACAGAUAGAAGAAGGAGCGAUGGGGAGAAAGGUGAUAUGCACACCAAAGAUGGCAUUAACGAUAAGUAAUAGCCUGCUGAACUUGCAAGAUCACUUUUUUUUUUCAUUUUCAAUUUGGCAUAAAUGAAAAGGUGGCACUGACUUGCCCGUGGAUUGAUGUUUCAACAUUGUCUCAAUGAAGAGUUCAGCGUUCAACUAGCCAUGUGCGACAAGCCACGCAGUUACAAGCCUGCUAGAGUUAGCGGCAGAUGGACGAGAAAUAUCCACCGUCGUAGUACGGGUGAAGCCUGACCUGGAAUGUGAAGCUAACUGAGGCUGGCUAGCUUUAUAAAAGCCUGAGUAGAUCUAGCUUGCUCUGGUGUAUUGACUUCAAUCGCGGAUUACAAAGGGAAAACCAGCCACGUCUUGCUCCCGGACAAGCUAAACACCUUCUUUGCACGCUUUGAGGAUAAAACCGCGCCACCGACGCGGUCCACUCCCAAGGACUGUGUUAACCCUCGCAAGGCUGCCGGCCCAGACGGCAUCCCUAGCCGCGUCCCCAGAGCAUGCGCAGACCAGCUGGCUGGAGUGUUUACGGACAUAUUCAAUCUCUCCCUAUCCCAGUCUGCUGUCCCCACUUGCUUCAAGAUGUCCACCAUUGUUCCUGUACCCAAGAAAGCAAAGGUAACUGAACUAAAUGACUAUCGCACUGUAGCACUCACGUCUGUCAUUAUGAAGUGCUUUGAAAGGCUAGUUAAGAAUCAUAUCACCUCUACCUUACCUGACACCCUAGACCCACUUCAAUUUGCAUACCGCCCCAAUAGAUCCAUGGAUAAUGCAGUCGCCAUCACAAUGCACACUGCACCUAUCCCAUCUGGACAAGAGGAAUACCUAUGUAAGAAUGCUGUUCAUUGACUAUUGCUCAGCAUUCAACACCAUAGUACCCUCCAAGCGUAUCAUUAAGCUCGAGGCCCUGGGUCUGAACCCCACCCUGUGCAACUGGGUCCUGGACUUCCUGACGGGCCGCCCCCAGGUGGUGAAGGUAGGAAACAACAUCUCCACUUCGCUGAUCCUCAUCACUGGGGCCCCACAAGGGUGCGUGCUCAGCCCCCUCCUGUACUCCCUAUUCACCCAUGACUGCGUGGCCAUGCACGCCUCCAACUCAAUCAUCAAGUUUGCAGACAACACAACAGUAGUAGGCUUGAUUACCAACAAUGACGAGAAUUCCUAAAGGAAAGAGAUGAGGGCCCUGGCGGAGUGGUGCCAGGAAAAUAACCUCUCCUUCCACGUCAACAAAAUGAAGGAGAUGAUCGUGGACUUCAGGAGACAGCAGAGGGAGCACACCCCCAUCCACAUCGACAAGGCCGCAGUGGAGAAGGUGAAAAGCUUCAUGUUCCUCGGCGUACACAUCACUGACAAUCUGAAAUGGUCCACCCACACAGACAGUGUGGUGAAGAAGGUGCAACAACACCUCUUCAACCUCAGGAGGCUGAAGGAAUUUGACUUGGCCCAUAAGACCCUCACAAACUUUUACAGAUGCACAAUUGAGAGCAUUCUGUCGCACCGCCUAGUACGGCAACUGCACCGCCUGCAACCACAGGGCUCUCCAGAGGGUGGUGUGGUCUGCCAACGCAUCACCGGGGGCACACUGCCUGCCCUCCAGGACACCUACAGCACCCGAUGUCACAGGAAGGCCAAAAAGAUUAUCAAGGACAUCAACCACCCGAGCCACGGCCUGUUCACCCCGUUAUCAUCCAGAAGGCGAGGUCAGUACAGGUGCAUCAAAGCUGGGACCGAGAGACUGAAAAACAGCUUCUAUCUCAAGGCCAUCAGACUGUUAAAUAGCCAUCAUUAGCCGGCUACCACCCGGUUACUCAACCCUGCACCUUAGAGGCUGCUGCCCUGUAUACAUAGACAUGGAAUCACUGGCCACUUUAAUAAUGGAACACUAGUCACUUUAAUAAUGUUUACAUACUGCUUUACUCAUUUCAUAUGUAUAUACUGUAUUCUAUUCUACUGUAUUUUAGUCAAUGCCACUCCGACAUUGCUCAUCCUAAUAUUUCUAUAACUCAAUUAUUUUACUGUUAGAUUUGUGUGUAUUGUUGUGUAUUGUUGUGUAUUGUUGUGUAUUGUUGUGUAUUGUUGUGUAUUGUUAGAUAUUACUGUACUAUUGGAGCUAGGAACACAAGCAUUUCACCCGCAAUAACAUCUGCUAAAUACGUGUAUGUGACCAAUAAAAUGUUAUUUGACUUCAAUGGGACUUUCUAGAUUGAUCCCAGUUAAAUAACGAAAUGCUUGUGUGUUACAGGAUAACAUGGCCAUAUCCUGUGGGUCCAGAGCACACCUGGAGGAUGAGGCAGUCGCUUCGGUACUUUCUCUCUCUUCUCUCUCUCUCUGUCUCUCACCUACGUAACCCUGUGAUGAAAUUAAUAGAUGAAAAUAAAUAUGGUCUUGGUCUUGUAGAUGGAUUCUAGACAGCCUUUAAAAUGACAUGUUGUUUGUGUUUCCAUGGUAGCGGUCUCUGUUCCGUACGUUCCUGAUGUAUGGGUUCCACUUCCUGGUUUGGUUCUUCUGUGUGCGAGGCAUCAAGGACACGCAGUGUGGCUUCAAGCUCUUCACCCGUGAGGCCGCGCUCAAGACCUUCUCCUCCCUACACGUGGAGCGAUGGUAACGCCAACUUAACCGCUCACCCAAUACCAAAAUGUAUUUAUGACUACCUCAUACUUAGUUCAAAUAAUUAUCCUCCCUGCUCGUGGAGCGAUAGUAAGGUCUGUCUCUUAUACCAAAGUUUACUUGCUAUAAGAAAUUCUAUAAUAACGGGGUAGUUGUAGUUCUAUUCUACUUCCUUCAAAAAAGGAUUAUCUGAAGGAGUAAACUUUACCUCUCCUUAUAUUUGCAUGGUGUGAAUGAUGGUUAUUACAUAGUAAUUAGAUGGCUCCAUUUGAACAAGAAAACGUAUAGGAAAGUGCAAGACCUUCCCUCUGGCGCAAUGGUACGGUCUCUCCGUGGACAGGAACACUAACGCUCAAUAACUACAACUUGAAUUGGAAUGGAUCAAUGGUAUGGUCUCUCUGAACAGAACUUGAUCAUGACGGAAAACAAAAGCUUACUAGUCUAGGACUUGUAUUGAAUAUGGUGUGAUUCUGUUCCACUGGGCCGUUGUUGUUGUUGUUGUUGUAAGAACAUUGUAACUAGAAUGUUGUACUGUUCCACAGGGCCUUUGACGUGGAACUACUGUACAUCGCUCAGUGCUUUAAGAUCCCCGUAGCCGAAGUGGCUGUCAACUGGACUGAGAUAGAAGGUGAGUCUGUCAACUGGACUGAGAUAGAAGGUGAGUCUGUCAACUGGACUGAGAUGGAAGGUGAGUCUGUCAACUGGACUGAGAUGGAAGGUGAGUCUGUCAACUGGACUGAGAUAGAAGGUGAGUCUGUCAACUGGACUGAGAUAGAAGGUGAGUCUGUCAACUGGACUGAGAUGGAAGGUGAGUCUGUCAACUGGACUGAGAUAGAAGGUGAGUCUGUCAACUGGACUGAGAUAGAAGGUGAGUCUGUCAACUGGACUGAGAUGGAAGGUGAGUCUGUCAACUGGACUGAGAUGGAAGGUGAGUCUGUCAACUGGACUGAGAUAGAAGGUGAGUCGUCAACUGGACUGAGAUAGAAGGUGAGUCUGUCAACUGGACUGAGAUAGAGGUGAGUCUGUCAACUGGACUGAGAUAGAAGGUGAGUCUGUCAACUGGACUGAGAUAGAAGGUGAGUCUGUCCAACUGGACUGAGAUAGAAGGUGAGUCUGUCAACUGGACUGAGAUAGAAGGUGAGUCUGUCAACUGUACUGAGAUAGAAGGUGAGUCUGUCACUGGACUGAGAUAGAAGGUGAGUCUGUCAACUGGACUGAGAUGGAAGGUGAGUCUGUCAACUGGGACUGAGAUGGAAGGUGAGUCUGUCAACUGGACUGAGAUAGAAGGUGAGUCUGUCAACUGGACUGAGAUAGAAGGUGAGUCUGUCAACUGGACUGAGAUAGAAGGUGAGUCUGUCAACUGGACUGAGAUAGAAGGUGAGUCUGUCAACUGGACUGAGAUAGAAGGUGAGUCUCUCAUACUUAUGCAGACACAUUAGUGUUUAAUAUUUUCCCGGUAUUUUACAAAUGUUCCAUCCCGAGAAUAACUAACUUUUCUCCCAGGUAACCCGGUAUUUCCCACCAAAACCGAAAGUGUCAUUCUAAAGCAUAAAACAGAUAAAUAUGUCUGGAUUUUAUAAGAGCUUUGAUCAGCAUGAAAAUUCAAACCUGAUGCUUCCUGAGCCUGACGAUCCCUACAUUAAAGACAUUUAAUGAUCCCAAGGCCAUAAAAGCCCAAAUGAUUGUGCUGUUAUCCAAUCCACCUACAUAGCCUCUUGGGUAAAUAAAUGAUACUAGCUCCAGUAGUCUAAUAUUUUUAAGUGUGAACUGUAUUACUGUACUGUAUUGUAUUAUACUGUAUUAAAUGGACUGGAAUUACACACCUCAUUCAAACCAUGAAGCUGGGAGAGAACGUGAUUCUGGUGCAGGACGUGUGGUCUACAAAGUUACAAGUAUAGGCUAGCGAAUUUGAUUUUAAUUUUGAAAUAUAAUAGGGCCUAUUUGUAUAAUUAGUAGGCUGAUGCAUAUAUACCUUUCAUAAUAUUUCCCCUAAUGUUAUUAUCCUACCUCCUCUCUCUCUCUCUCUCUGUUGCUUCAUUCCUCCCUUGCUUUCAACAGUUAAAUGAAAUAAGUUUAAUUGUCCUGAUCUUCAUCAUUCUAAUGACGUUCUUGAAUAAUAUAGGACUCGAAUAAGAUGCAGAAGUCUUUCACUUCUCUUCACGAAGAUUGAAUGGUUCUGGGUCUGAAUAAAUAACUGCUAUAGCCUUCCUCCAUCGCGCGUUCUCUCUACUUUCAAACUACCGGUGAGUUCUAUUGGCUGCUGUAUUUAACAUUCAGCAAACAAGAGCUUUUAUGCCUCUUCAAAUAGUCUGUUAGUAUAAGAAAUGUCCAGCAAGCUAUUCUUGUCUAGCUUAGGAGUGUUUUUUUUUUUAAGGAGAAAGGCCAUCGGAGGGCAGGUGCGUAUUGUGCAGGAGACCGAGGCUAUAAGUUCGAAGCUUAUAGCCUAUGCAUAACCCAUCGUUCACAAAAUAAAAGUGAACAUGACGACAUACUGAAAUGCGCUGUCUAUCCUCACCAUGAGUGUUGAUGAUUGAUCGUGCAGAUAGCAGAGAUUAGGCCGUGGCGCCGUAGAGAAGCCAGAUUUAGACAUCACAUAUAAUUUAACAUUUUCCAUUUCACGCCAUGCUGUUCAUAUAAAUCAUUUAUUAUAAUUGACUGGUUUCUCGCAGUUAUUUAUCCUGGGGAAAGGGAGUGGGUUUGGGCGGUAAAUCUCGGUAACCUGGUUCCUGCUAUUCAACCGUAAUAUACACACACACGUGGACUGAGAUAAAAGGGGAGUUUUAAGGUGUCAUAAUAGUCUUGCGUAGCUUCAAGUCUUAGCAUAUCAAAGCCUGACUUCCUUAGAGCAGUGUGCUAGUCUUCUUUUAUACAUUAGAUAUGCAUUUUAAAGUGCUGGAGUCUGGCUCUCUUUUUCCCUCACUGCUAACCAGUCUCCUGAUUUGUUUUAACUGUCCUGUCAUUAAAAUGAUCAAAUACGUAAGGAGAUUGGUGCUCCUGGCCUCCUCCUUUAAAAGAAAGGUGUGUUUUAGUGUCUCAGGCUCGAAGUUGUUUCCAGUCGUGGGCUUAAUGAUGAAUUGUAAUGUGGUAGUUCUUUCUACUAAGUAAUCUUAUUGUAACUGGUUAAACAGCUGCACGCCAGUUUAGAGCUAGCUAAAGAUGGGUAGAAACCUGCUGUUAUAGUACAUCAUAAGGUGUUAUUUUUACGUUUUAGAGCGACUUACAGGAGCAAUUAGAGUUAAGUGCUUUGCUCAACAGAUUUUCAGUAACUUUCGGGUUACUGGCCCAACGCUCUUAACCGCUACGUUACCUACUGCCCUAACUUGUUAUAAGCUGUGCAGCUGGUUAUAAUGUGGUAUAAUGAAGCAAUGAGUCACGAGGGGGUGUGGUAUGUGGCCAAUAUACCACGGCUAAGGGCUGUUCUUAUGCGCAACGCAGAGUGCCUGGAUACAGCCCUUAGCUGUGGUAUAUUGGCAAUAUACCACAAACCCCAGAGGUGCCUUAUUGCUAUUAUAAACUGGUUACCAACGUAAUUAGAACGACACAAGUUUUAUUUUUACUGUACUCGUGGUAUACGGUCUGAUAUACCACAGCUGUCAGCCAAUCAGCAUUCAGGGUUCGAACCACCCAGUUUAUAAUGAAGCAAUAAUGCCAGAGGGGGUGUGGUAUAAUGAAGCAAUAAUGCCAGAGGGGGUGUGGUAUAUGGCCAAUAUACCACGGCUAAGGGCUGUUCUUCUUAAGCAUGACGCAAAGCAGAGUACAGCCUGGAUACAGCCCUUAAUGUGUUAUGUGUUGUUAUAGGGUCUAAGCUGGUGCCAGUGUGGAGCUAUUUAUAAUGUGUUAUAAUAAUGUGUUAUAAUAAUGUGUUAUAAUGUGUUAUAAUGUGUUAUAGGGUCUAAGCUGGUGCCAGUGUGGAGCUGGUUACAGAUGGGUAGAGACCUGGUGUUCAUCCGCCUGCGUUACAUCACUGGUGCCUGGAGACUGGAAAGCCCUCGCAAGACCGACUAGAGCCAAUCACAUCAGCCCUCACACACUGAGACAGUCUUCUGAUUGGACAGAUGGGGCUGAUGAACUUCCUCGUUGGGUGGGAUUACCGUAAACUCAGAUGUGGGCUGUGGCUCAAUAGUCUAAAGCGGCUUCCUCUCCUUGUGUCCUCUCCAUCAUAUGCACUGAUCUGAAAUAGCAGGACAGGUGAGAGGAUUUCUACUGGGAGUUUGUUUUCACCUGUCCAGUUCUUUAAUGUGCAGACCGAGGAGAGGAGAGGAAGCUAUUUUAGGCUAUUGAGAUGCGUCCAUGGAUUUUCGGAUUUCAAUGGGAGGGCUAUGUUUUCUUUCGAACAUUGCCUUUGGCUGAGAAAUCUUUAGAUGAUUGAUUGACAGCUCCCGGUCUGUCCCGCCUAUUGCCAGGUUCAGAAUCCUCGUUUUCUUUCCUUCACUUGAGAAAGGUUUGUGGUGUCCAUGGUAAAAUGUACAAGCCGUUGCCACGGUUUCAGAUACAUGCACUACAUGAUUGAUCCGUGUGCCAUGUUACUCAUUUUUUAUCUCUGUCAAACUGUUUGGGCGGGUAAAGAGGAAUGUUGACUGUCGCUGAGGGAUCAAAUGGAUCAUGUUUUGGUUUUUAUCAUGAUUCUAGUCCGGUAAAAUGGAAGAUGUCAUUUUCGAUGUGUUGUUAGAGAGGGGUAAGGGCUUGUAUAGGUAUGUCUGUAAUGUAGAAGGAUGAACUGAACUCAAUUAAAUGAAAAAACCUCUCUAUUGAUUUAGAUACGUUUUUUUUUCGUGUGUUAAUUAUUAUCACAUGUUGUAACUG